UCGGCGAGGAAGGACCAGUCGAGGAGCAGCCUAGUACCAGCCCAGUGGAGGAUCCGCUGGCCAACUGCUGCGAUCUGGAUGCCAUGAAACCGAAGAAAUCCGCCUUCGCCAAUACAUCCACUGGAUACGGCAGACACAAACACAGCGGACACGGCAAGGGCCACUCCCACGGACAAGGAAACUCCGGCAAGGAUAAAGCCGACGGCGGUGGCAAGGACAAAAAACGAGAGCCCAAGGAUCAACAUGAGCAGAAGGAGGAGGACAAGGACUUGAAUUCCGGUUUCGGAGACUAUCUUCGCACACCGGAGGCAUUUGAGAUGAUGAAACUGUUCGUCUUUGCCAAUACUAUUAUGUUAAUCGUCACCAUGGCCUGGCCGCAUAUCAAGGAGCAAUUCUACAUGGUCAAUCAGUGGCUAGAAAGUUUCCGCGAAGAGCAUCAGCAGUAA